AUGGCCGCCGAAACCUCCAACUUCGACCUAAAUGCCCUCCCAGAUUCCGAGCCUUGCCCAUUUUGUGUCAUAGCCUCUGCGUAUCCCUACUUCGAUCCAAAUUCACCACCAAAUCCCUCCGACGACGACGUGGACCCAGACAAAGUCUCCCCAGCAAGCUUCAUAGUCCUGUCAACACCCACCCUCCUCGCCUUCCUCGACAUCAUGCCCCUCUCCCCGGGCCAUCUUCUACUCUGCCCUCGUAGACACGCGCAGAAACUCAGCGAUGUAUCUGCCUCGGAAGCAGCCGAGCUCGGUCAAUAUCUCCGGAUUCUUUCUAAAGCUUUGGUGAAAACGACGGGCGUGCAAGAUUGGAAUGUGGUGCAGAAUAACGGAGCGGCGGCAGCGCAGGUGGUCAACCAUGUACAUUACCAUCUAAUACCUCGACCGGAGAUAAGGGCUAGUGGUCGGUUUAGUGAGAGCUUCACCAUGUUUGGCCGGGGUGUGCGGAGCGAGUUGGACGAUGAGGAGGGUGUGAUCCUCGCUGAAAGCUUGAGGGAAGGCGUCAGAUUGGUGUUAGAAGAGGAGGCCAGCAAGGCGAAGUUAUGA